GCCAAUUCCAUCAACAUCGAGCACUUACACGCCUCAGUCUCUCUUUCCACCACUUCAAACUACCCAACACCAUCGUUCUUGCCUCGCAAACCCCUCGCUCUCUUCUGCGCCGCGUCUUCAUCCCUCCUUCCUUCGCUCGUUCACUCGUUCGUUCCUUCCUCAACACUUCGACACCUGCCUCGACCUCCAAGUGCGCACUUCGCAUUUUCCUCAAAAACCCAGAUUUGCUUUAGAUAAUUCCACCUCAUCGCAGAGAACCAUCCUCUGUGUCAAGGCAUUCGACGUUCUUCAAGAUACCCAAAUCCUCGAUCCACCUGAUAGGACGACAGACGACACUUUUAUCGUGGUCAUCCUUGGAAUGGUCAACUCGACUUUGUGGCUGUGAACAUUUCUACUCCUCCUGCGACUCAGCUGAAUCCUUCUGGUCGAGCGACUUUGCGCCCUCAACCUUUGGUUGGAAUGGACACCUUCUCACGAUAGCCCUGCUCCCAUCCGACUCUCCAAUACCCUUGCUGGUGUUUGCCAGCUUUACAUUCGUUUCAUUCGGAAAGGUCCUUACGAUCCCCCAACCAUCGAUCUUUACCCAUCUCCAAACCCAAACCACACUCGUUCACCAGGCUUUUUGCCCUAGACAAGUCUCGAGCAGCUGCGUCUUACCUAAUUUCCCAAUCCGACCAUCCCAUCCCAUCUCUCUUCAACGGCCUCGUUGGACAAAAUCUUUGCUAUCGUCGGACUUUUGUACAUGCCGAAUUAAACAUUGAACAUGGAACCGCCUUUCAAACGUAUCAGAAUCUCGGAUCCAGACGUCAGAAAUCCAAGAGACACCGGUUCGCGAAGAGCUGAAGGUUUGUUCACUUCGGAAAUGGCAUUUCAAGGAGGAGAGACCGAUAGCGAGCCGAAACCCACCCGGGUCGUCAGUCCCACCGACAUCCACCGCCAGGACAUCUAUGGUCAAUAUCAGCGCCUUCCACGUCCUAUCCUUCCUAAACGAAACGCCGGCUUCUAUCUUGUCCCGCGGGCUCCCGAAGCUACAGUCACUACGAAUGUCAUUGAGGUCAACGUCAACGAUGGAACCACAAUCUCCAAAAUCACCGAAGUCCCUGCCGAUCCAACAGGCGCCGUUGUGUCCCUCUCUGAUGUUGGUUCUUUGACUGUGCCUCCCAUAACAGAUAGCUCGACCAUCGUUACCCCCACCGAUAACCCUUCCGAGGACACUCUUGCGACACCUGCUCCGACUGCCCUGCCCUCUGAUAUACUCACCAGCAGCACAUCUUCAUCCGAAUUGACCCCCUCAGAUACACUCUUGCCCGAGACACUGAACAGCACCACAACCACCAGCCAGUUUGACACAACCACAACUGAAGAACUUACCGUCACAGUCACUGCCACAUCGACUUACGAGAUCUCCCUCACCAAUGGCACAAUAAUAGCCACCGCCUACUUUGCGACCAACAAAUCCCUGACCACAACCCCUGAUGCCAGGAUUACCGCCGCCGUGACCGCGUCGUCCACCCCUUAUACCUUUGGCCAACUAUUCACCACGUCUUCGAGCGAGCCUCUCGAGACCAACCACGCGCCUUUGACCAGCUUUCCUGGAGCGGCUGCGUCUGGCACUUUGGGUUCACCCGUCGAAACAACCACUUCUUCGGCCGCACCUGAGUCGGAGACCAGUUCAACAAGCUCUGCAGGGCCUGGGCUGACCCCAACACAACAAACAGUCGUCGGAGGUGUUGUGGGCGGUGUUGCAGGGAUUGCACUAGCUCUGGUCAUUGUCCUCUUUGUCUUGCGAUGGUAUCGACGACGGCUCAAAUCUCGUGGUCAGCUUCCUGAGCAGCUGGCAACCAGAGAAAUCGGGCAUUCUCAUGGACCCCCUGGUCCCAUGUCUCAACGAUCGUCAGUCGUUCCUUUUGCUGCCGCCGUUGCGCAAAAUUUCAAACGACUGCGCCCACACAGCACUCACACAUUUACCACUUCUGGAACAGGCACCACCGAUCCCCAUGCUCGAGACUCGGAACGAGGCUUCCAGCGGAUCGCUGGCAGAAAAAUUGCACCUGUUCUGGGCGCCGAUGGGGGCGAUCCAUAUGGCGGGAACUAUGGCGCAUUCGAAAAGGACACGGGCGGCGAUCCCAAUGACCCUUUGCAGGGUGGAGAGCGCGGCUUGUCUGGUGCAUCGUUUUACCGUGACAGUCAGGGAUUUUAUGGAGGUAACGGAACACACUCACCCACCUUUCCUCCGUCACCCACCAUCGAAACGGCGAGGACCUCAACCGGCGGAACCCCAACCGCCCGAGGAGCAUCGAGUGAGAAGGGAUUUACUACGGGGGCGUAUGCGCCCGUUAAUAUGAAUGCGAGCCAAAUGUCCUUAGGUUCUCCUAGCCGACCUGACGGUUAUGCAUUCAUCAGGCCGAGUCCUGCACGCACGCCCGUGACUCUGAGUCCGGCUGCCAGCUCAAUCCGACUGCCCAUCCAACAGACUCCCGUCAUGGACGAGCAGGCCCCUCCUCUGCCGAUGGGAUUAUCCAUCCAUGGCAUAACGAGAGAUGAGGUUGGGAGAAGCUUGGCCAGCCAGGACGGAAGUCGCAUCAGCAAGAGCAGCGGCAGAAGCGGCGGCCGUUUUGUGGAGAACAUGUAGUGCAUCUUCUCUAGACCCAGCUGGUCCCCGUGGUGGCAACCUUCCUUUUGUCGUGUCAUUUAGCGUGGAGUUUGGACUCUGCUUAUUCUGGUCCGUCACCGUCACUCACACUUGAGGAGGUCGACGACACCAAGAGGUCAACAGCAGAGAAGAUGUGGAAAGAAUUGCCACUUAGAAUUUACUACUGCCCGAAUGAUACCCAUUUGCCGCGCUCGUUGGUGACUGUAUGUAGUGCACGAUAUCAUGUUGACCGUCCACGCCAUCGACAGCACAUGCUAUGCGAAUACAAUAAUUCUGAGACCAUGCCGAUGUUGUGG